CAGCUGUUUCUUUUUCCCGUUUUGGGUUCAUGUUCUAUCCCCCAUCCUCCUCAAUUUUUAGUGACUACAUCGAUGGCAAACGAAUAGGUGUUGCUGAAAACAGAAUCAAGCCUAAAUUAAAAAUGGAAACUUCCACCAAAGUUUGAACAACAGAGCAGGAUAUUUUGAGAGAGGAUAAGGGAGAUAACUAUGAGCUGACAGUAGUGUGUCCGGACAGGUAGGGACCAAUGAUGCUAGCGGUUAAGGGGGAGGAUAGGAAAAUGGCAUCAUCCAUAGGAAUCUAUGCCAUAUUGUUUGUCCUUACAAACUUUGUAAACAAGUAUGUUCUCUCAGUUCUGGAAUUCAAAUACCCAACUGUGUUUCAAGGAUGGCAGACUCUGGUUGGAUUCAUUGUGCUCCGUCUUCUUGUCAUUACAAAACAUGUCCCAGCAAUGCUGACAGACACUCAAAGGUCAGACUGGGUUCGGUGGAUACCAGGCAUGAUGUUGUUUGCCGGCUCUGUUUACUCGGGUUCUAAAGGUCUGGCUAACCUGCCAGUGCCUGUGUUCUUUGCUCUCCAAAACUUAUCUUCAGUCAUUGUGUGUGGGGUCCAGAUGAUCAUUACUCAAACACUCAUUAUUUACAAUAGGCCAUUAAUGUAUUUUGAGCUCACAAGCUUUUUCACCUACUGUAUGAUGAUGUUGACAGUCAUAUCUUCUGUGGUCAUCAUCCACAGUGAUCCUCAGUUUAACCAACAAGGAUAUAUAUGGGUUGGAUUACACAUCGUAUUUACAGGGGGGCUACAAAUUUAUUCAAAGUUGUCAACAGGGAGAUUACAAGCUAGUUCUUUAGAAAAGCUAUAUUGCAAUUAUAUUUACUGCAUAGUUUUGUUUGCACCGUCCAGUUAUUUGAUUGGUGAUGCACUAGAAGCAGCCAGCUUUCCUUAUCUGUAUUUUUCAAAGUUCUGGUUUGGCUGCAUUCUAAGUGGCGUGUUUGGUGUUUUAUUAAGUUUACAUUCCAUAAACUUACAAGAAAAAGAAUUGGGACCAGUAAAUUUUGCCAAAGUUCAAGGCUGCUCAAAGAUUUUAGCUUCCUUCUUGUCAUAUUUGGUGUUCAGUGACUUCUAUACAGCAAACUUUGCAAUGUGGAUUUUAAUAAAUUUGUUGGCUGGACUCAGUGUAGAAGAUUCUCGGCUAUGUACAACUGACAAAGAGGAUUCUGAAGAUUCUAGCCAUUACAAUGGUACCAGUACACUUCUGCCAACAAGUCGACAUAAUGUUCUCUUUGAGGAUUACAUUAAGGAGGAUAAAGAUUACAUUGACGAUUUUACAGGACCAGACGACCUUUGAGAUUCAUAUGAACUUUUUAUUAUCUGUACAACCAUUACAAUUUUGUUAAAACUACUGUUGUCGUUUUUAUUCCGUUGUAACUUGUUAUUCAUUAGAAUAAGUAUGUAAUACUAUGUGCAAUAUUAAAAUCAUGGAUUUGUAGAAAAAUACAUUUAUGUUAUUCUUUGAAUAAAGGAUUUAAUUUAUA